GUGCCGUGCCGUGCCAGGCCAGGCGGCAGCGGCCAGAGGAGAGCUGGAGGCGAGCGCCGGUCUGCCCGUAUCCCGCAGGGAGAGGCGAGCCUUCAGCUAGUGAUCGGCCCCGCUUCUGGACAGGUGAUCUGUGGCGCUGCAGCGUCUGCAGCCACGCUCAGGGGUCUCGUGCCUGCAAAUAUGCGGAUUUACCGGUCGGCUCGCUCCUAGAGCCAGCGCCGGGGAGCGAGCACGGCGGCGGCGCCCAGCACCGGGAACGCACCAAGGAAGAAGCCCAGCCCCCGCCCUCCGCCCCUUCCGUUCCCACCCCCUACCCGGCGGCCCAGGAGGCUCCCGGCGCGACUCUGUUCCUCCUCCUCCUCGCUGGCUCUGCACUCGCAGCUCGCGCCGGGCGCGCUCCGCCUGCUGCCUGCUCUCCGCGCCACCCUCCUCCGGGCCGCGCUCCCUGAGGGAUGGUACUGAAUUUCGCCGCCACAGGAGCCCGGCUGGAGCGCCCGCCCCGCGGCCUCGCCUCCCUGCCCAGCCUCCAGUGCCUCGGGACGCGAUGAGGACCUGGGCUUGCCUGCUGCUCCUCGGCUGCGGAUACCUAGCCCAUGCCCUGGCCGAGGAAGCCGAGAUCCCCCGCGAGCUGAUCGAACGUCUGGCUCGAAGUCAGAUCCACAGCAUCCGGGACCUCCAGCGGCUCUUGGAGAUAGACUCCGUAGGGGCUGAUGAUGCCUUGGAGACAAGUCUGAGAGUCCACGGGGCCCACGCCACCAAGCAUGCGCCUGAGAAGCGGCCAGUGCCCAUUCGGAGGAAGAGAAGCAUUGAGGAAGCCAUUCCUGCAGUCUGCAAGACCAGGACUGUUAUUUAUGAGAUACCUCGGAGCCAGGUGGACCCCACAUCGGCCAACUUCCUGAUCUGGCCCCCGUGCGUGGAGGUCAAGCGCUGCACCGGCUGCUGCAAUACCAGCAGCGUCAGGUGCCAGCCCUCACGAGUCCACCACCGCAGCGUCAAGGUGGCCAAGGUGGAGUAUGUCAGGAAGAAGCCGAAGUUGAAAGAGGUCCAGGUGAAGCUAGAGGAGCACCUGGAGUGCGCGUGUGCCACUUCCAGCCCCAGUCCAGACCAUCGGGAGCAGGAGACGGGAAGACGUAGAGAGUCAGGUAAAAAGCGGAAAAGGAAAAGGUUAAAACCCACCUAAGGCGGCCAACCAGAUGUGAGGUGAGAUGAGCCGGCCACCCUCUCCCGGGACACGGAUGUACGUGGCGUGUGACAUUCCUGAACAUACUAUGUACGGUGCUUUAUUGCCAGUGUGCGGUCUUUGUUCUCCCCCGUGAAAAACUGUGUCCGAGAACACUUUGGAGAACAAAGGGACAGUGUCUGUUUGUUCAGUGUGACAUCAAAGCAAGUAUUGUAGCACUCAGAGAGACAGUGAGAAGCCUCCUUGUCAGAGAGAGUGAAAACAAAACCACAAAACACACAAACAAAACCGGACUCGCAAAAAACGCCGCCGCGGCCACUGGUGGCAGGGCCGCCCCGAAGGAUGGAGCCUGGUGGCCAGGGCUGGAUGCUGCCUUGGAUCCUGCCCACAGGCCCAGGUGCUUUCUACUGAGGAAGCCUAUUGGCUCGUGGUGCACAGGAAGCCGAGUGACUGGGAGCCACCCACGAGCCUAGAAGCCAGCGCCUCGCUGUUGCGCUUGAGUCUGCACGGGACCUUCCCGAGAGCCUUAAGUGGUUUUUUUUUCUUUGUUUUUUGUUUUUUUUUUUUGUUUUUGUUUUUACACCAUAAAGUGAUUAAGCUUUCCUUUUUACUCUGCCUAGCAUUUUUUUUUUUUUUAAUCCUUGGAUGACAUUUUCGCCGAUAACACAAGGCUGCUGUAACUGUUGGGACGGCGAGACGGUAUUUUUCCUAGCAAACUAAUGAGGUGUAUUAAAAUAAACACGGUAUACCUACCUAUGCAGCAUUGCCUACACGCUUCUGGCUUCCUGUGUUUCUCCUCAGCCUGUUUAAUGUUACGUUCUGGUUUAAGCCAUUCGAGAGGACUAUGUAGGAGCCAUUUGGAUGCUGGUCCCCAUGAGCCGUGUGGUCACCCCGAGCCCAGAGGGGUGGCUUGCACACUGCCCAUGUAUUGCUAAUGGCUCCUGUGGCAGUGUGGGGAUGUGGCUGAGAUUAUUUUUGGUAAGAUGUUGAUCUUGUUAAUAGAAUUGUGUGUGUGGUUUCCUUGUUGUUUUGUUUUUGUAAAGGUGAACUUUGUAUUUUUAAUAUUAUCAGUUUAUAUACCUGA